AUGCCGCCGCCACCAGGAGCCAAGAAGAGAGUUCUUCUCAUUGGCGGCCAAUUCACUGGCAAUUUCUGUGCGCGUGAGCUGAAGAAGCAGUUCUACGUUACGGUUGUGGACUGCAAGGAGUACUUUGAAUACACUCCCGGGGUGCUGCGAGCCUUUGUCCGGCCAGCACAUUUGGACUCCCUGACUUUUACUUUGCAGCCAGUCUACGAACGCAAGAUGGGCGUGAAGUUCAUUUGGGGAGAGGUGAAGGAGCUGAACGGCGCAAGGAAGACUGCAAGUGUCAAGACGAUGUUCUCGAACAACAUCGAUGAGAUUGGCUUUGACUAUUGCAUCAUUUGCUCUGGCUGCAACUUCGGGCCUUUCAAGCCAAUGGGCGAGUCCUUGUGGUUUCCAACCGUUCAUGAGGAGGCCCGAGGCCAUUCAGAUUGGAAGCACAUCGACGAGCGAUACUUGGAGGGAAGGCGUCGCCAUGUCCUGGAAGAGUACCAUAAACUCACAGAUCUCAACAAGAAACAGGCCACUGUUUUGAUUGUGGGCGCUGGUUUCAUUGGUGUCGAGUGGGCCACUGAGCUGGAGCAUUUCUUCCCUCAGCUGAAGAUCACGAUCAUCGACUUCCUUCCUCGAUGCCUGGGACCUUUGCCUGAUGGUGCUGCUGACUACUGUUCAGAUUACAUGGCAGCCUGCGGCAUCAAGGAGUUCUACAAUUGCAAGUAUGACCCGAAGAAUCCAGAGUUCUGGAAGCAAAUCGAACUUCCCAAUGGUGCUGAUGAAAUCUACGUGUGCAUCGGCGUGAAGGCAUCCAACUAUUUCAUGCCAGCAGAGACGCUCUCUGAUAAAGGCCCUGGCGGAGGCGGCUGGAUUCAUUUCAACAAGCACCUGCAGGUAACCCAGAAGCCAAGUUUGGGAGGAGGUGUUUGGGCUGAUGGCACUAUUUUCGCAGUCGGUGACUGCAACUAUGGCUGCAUUGGUGAGCCUGGCAAGUGGGAGAUGCCCCCCGUGCCCAAGAUCUCAUACCCUGGAGAAGAGCAGGCCUACCAUGCUUGCCUCAACGUCAUGAAACUCGAGAAGGGCCAGAAGUCAAAGUUGGUCACCACCUGGUGGCCAUGGGGAGCUGGCAUGUUUGCUACCAGCUUGGGGCCUCAUGAUGCUUGCUUUGUGGCAGCCGCCAAUGAGAACAAGAACUCGGGCUACAUGGUCAACUGGUGGAUCCCGGCGGCCUUGCAGAAAGAGAUUAUCGAAACCACCAAGAUCGAUGAGUGCCGCGACCGUUGGAUUGGCAUCCUGAUUUGGCACUUUGUUCAUCACACCCCGGUACACCUGUUUGGCCGUGGCCCAUGGUUUGUUUAG